UUCUACGCGUGUUCGUAGUAUUGAUUGAAGCCAGACAUGGAAGCAUUUGUAUCCAACGGCUACCGUCUGUAGUGAAGCAUGUGCGGUAUUUCCAUCACGUUCAUUAUGCGCUAGAGAUAGAAAGCGCCAGUACUGGUGUCACCACAGCUUGGAGUUCGACAUCAGUGCCAAACUUCAUCAUGCUGGUCCAGCAGCUGCUCGAGGACGUGCAGGGAUGGUACAACGACUCCAUGGGCAAAGCAGACCCCCGGGCUGUUGAUCUCCCCCUCGCCCAGACCCCCGGGCCCAUCCUCUCCAUCCUCCUCCUGUACAUCCUGAUCGUCCUCCACGGGCCUCGGAUGAUGGAGCAGCAUAAACCUCUCCAGAUAAGAUGGCUCCUCGUCGGCUACAACUUCUCAAUGGUGGCCUUGUCGUUCUGGAUAUUUGCAAAGACACUGCAAAUGGCGGUCCGAGGUCGAUUUAGUUUGGUUUGCCAGCCAGUGGACUACACAGAUAAACCUGAUGCUGUAGAGGCGCUGUAUACAGGAUGGCUGUUUUUCUUUUCGAAGAUUCUAGAACUAGCAGAUACGGUAUUUUUCAUUCUAAGAAAGAAAAACUCCCAGGUGUCGUUUCUACAUGUGUAUCAUCAUACAACUAUAGUUGUGGUCACGUGGUCAGGGAUGAAAUUUGUAUCAGGAGGGCAAAGUUUUGUGUACCCGUUGCUCAACUCGCUGGUACAUGUCAUAAUGUACCUUUACUAUGGCCUGUCAGCCAUCGGGCCAGGCAUGCAGAAGUACCUCUGGUGGAAACGCUACCUCACUAUAUUCCAGCUGACCCAGUUUGUACUCAUGCUUACCCACGCAGCCGUGAACUUCUUCGUAGAAUGCGACUUUCCUAAGUUGUUCGAUAAGCUGCUCUUUACAUAUGCUGCCUCCAUCAUGGCGCUGUUCCUUAACUUUUACUUCAGAGCAUAUAUACAGGGCAAAAGGCCAGCUCCCACCGUCAGUAAAACCCACAAAGACAAAUAACAACGAAUUCUUCAUAGCAGCCAUGUUGUCUGGAAAUUACUGAAGAAAGUCAAGUGUUUGGGUUUUUAAUUUUUUAAAAUAUUUUUUUCCUUUUUUUUAUGCCCAGGGAACAUGCAAAUGUUAGUGUUAUGCUCAAAAAAAUAUUCUUCCAUGAGACAAGAACGGCGUUUUCCAGUGAGUCUUGAAGUGUUAUCUCAUUUGGGUUUACAGAAGAGUGAACGGAACUGUGUUCACCCUUGCGCACCACUAUGUUCCACCAGUGUUACUU